GACGUGGAUGAGUAUCUCCAAGAUGGUCUGCUUCUUCCUUUGUCCGAUCAGAACGCCGAGUCACUGACAAACGAGGUAGAGUAUCUUGGAGGAUCGCUGCUCGCCUAUCCUGCACCUCAUAGCCAGGUACCGCAGCCUAAUCUCACAGAACCCUCAAGCACGAAUUGUCUACAAGCCAGCUUUGACACUCAUCAACAAACCUCACCCCUUUUUGGGCUGCCAGGCGAGUUUGACCAUGACCAAUGGCGUUUGCAUCUGGAUAUCAAUUCUCCCGAGCUAGUUGUUAGCGAGCUUGUGGGCGGCUCAACGGACUCAUGCUUUGACCAUGCGGAAGACGUCUCGAUUCUCACAUUGGGUUGGAACGAUGAAGCUGUGAAUAUGAUUGGGAAUGCUGAUCCUAUGUGCUCACCCUGUCACGACCGGUCAUCAUUGUCGAGCCACGAUGAAUAUUACCUCAACUUGGGCUCGCCGUGGUCUGAACAGCCUCCUGUGUUGUCUUGCAACAUCUUGCCCCAACGUCGCCUGGUGUGUUGGCCGCACUCUCAAUAUACUCCACCUCAGCCAUUUUUUUGUGUCACCAACUAUGCCUCACGCACACCCUUCCAGCCACACUCUGAGAGGUUGUCUAUUCCUCCACCGAAUCAGGAAAUGUUUGCCAUGGCAAUACCUUAUCCUCCUACAGACACAGCGUCGUCUUUACAGCCGAGCAACACGACCAACUUUGUGGUAUCUAGAGCAAACGGACCGGGCAAGCCUGACCAUGUCUGGAACACCACACUAGAUACUUGUGGUCUGGCGACCCCAAAUUUUGGGUGUCUUUCCACACAAUCUAUGCAUGGAAAGAAUUUACUCGACCUAGCUCCUUCCUCUAAGAGCAACCGGUUCGGACCUCCUUCAGGGCUGGCUAAGCAACCAUUUGAACGUAUAUCAGAGCUAGAUCGCAAUGCCAGGAACGAGUACCUUCGAGAAGCUCGUCGACAUGGUCUGUCCUACAAGGAGAUCAAACGUCGUGGUGUCUUUACUGAAGCCGAGUCCACUCUGCGUGGCCGUUAUCGCAUCCUGUCCAAGCCUAAGGAGAUGCGUGUCAGAAACCCACAAUGGGAUUACUCAGACGUACGUUUUCAUCAUAAGAGUUUUCCCUCGAUCUUGACUGAUACCACGACCACANNGAUCAUGCUCCUCGUCAAAGCAGUUGGGCUCUUCUCCAGAAUCUCUCGGGGGUCGGAGUCAUACAAGACCAACCUAAGUCCGAGGAGCAAAGUGCCAUGGAAAAAGGUUGCUGAGUGGAUGUCCUCGCAUAAUGCAUCGUACCCCUUUGCUAGUGUUGCUUGUGCCNNAAAAAAAUGGGAGCAGAUCCGUAAGGAUCCACACAGGACAACAGCAGCAGGUAAUCAAUGCGAGAGUCAGCAUUGUUGA